AUAGACAGGGGGUAACCAGCGUUUGGCGGGAGCGAGCGAGCGCCGAGCUGCGAACAGAGCAAAAGUCAGCAAAAGCAACGGCAGCAUGGAAGCAGCUGCUGGGGCGCCGCCGAGACCUGAAGAAAUUUCCUCACGCCUCAACCAGCUAACUCUAGAGCUCAUGGCGGCAACCAAUCGACUCAUCGAUAGGGAAAUUUUUCAGGAAAACACAAUAAAUGGAGUUGCUGAUGUGCCUCAAGAAAGAGAAGUCACAUGCCCCAUAUGCUUUGAGCAGUUUGGGGAGGAACAUGCACCCCGGACCCUGCGCUGCGGUCACACUGUUUGUACCCCAUGUCUGGAAACCAUCCUCACCAGGACUGCUGGGGACCGCAACUGUCCAGAAUGCCGCCGUCCCCUCAAGGUGACAGCAGUAGCUCACAUCCCUGUCUCCUACACCAUCAUGAGACUGGCCCGGGCCCUGGAGGAAACCUGUGCUGCUGCAGCUGCAGCUGAGGCAGAGGUAGAGGAAGUGAGUGAGGCCGGUGUGCUCGGGGAGACUUGUGUCCGCCACCACUAUCCAGUGCUGUGGUGGUGCUCCAAGUGCAAGGCCUUCCAGUGCCGCUCCUGCACCCAUUAUGAGAACUGUCCUGAGAGACUUCCUGCUGGUGAGGCAAUAGUGCAUCUCAAGCAAGCACAGGUGGAGUCAUCGGAGCGGACUGUGCUAGCACUGAACAAGCUCAAGAGUAACCUGGAGACUGAGCGAGACAAGCUCAAUGUGUCCAUAGACCGCAUGAUGGAGGAAGUCCGGCAGCUGGAGACCAAAGUGAAGAAGGUGCAGAGCCAGGUGCUGAAUGUGGAGGAGGCUGAGGCACAUGUGGUAGAGGCAUCCUCAGCCUGUCGCAUGACCCGGGCUCUGGCCAGGUCAGAGGAUGUGCAGGCAGCAGCAAGGGUGUGGCUAGAGCACCAGAACAGCCGGCCCUCAUCACCCAUUGAUGAGGAACCAAUCACCCUGAAUAUGCUACAACAAAAGCUUCUUGUUACCAAGAACAUCUACGCUGUAAAGUGCAACUCACAGGGCGAGGAGAUGUUUGCAAAAAUCACCGUCUAUUCAGACAAGCUCCUUGUGCACAACUAUUCCACUGAUGAACCACCACCCAAUGCACUCCUGGUAUCGGGAGAUUACUUUGGCACCUCAGCAGAGAAGAAGAGUGUGUUCUUUGAUAUCCACGUGGAUGGCCACUUUGAGGGUCGCAUGAUCAUUAUCUUGUUUAAACCAAAUGGGUCAAAAACGACUGCCUUUUUGGACACCUGUACUAACAGCAAAGGCUGCACCUACAAGGGCCUCAAGUUAUCCUCUGCAUCUGCUUCAGUGCAUGAAGCUGCUGUCAGGGUUAUGGAGGUGACUAACGAGAUGAAGGACACUGCUGAUCGCUACAUAGAGACAGCUGAAGACGAUAAUUACAUCCGCCGCAACAUUUACCCAGGGCUGGUGAGUGGUACGUGUUCCAUUUAUAAACCUCGCAAUGGUGAAUCAGAGUACCACACUAUGUCCAACUUUAUGGUGUACCUGUACCACAUGAAUGGUGCCAGGGAUGUCCGUGGGUUUGGGAAGGUGUUGUCUGGCCUUGGGGUGCUGCGCUAUGCCUGGGACAAGCGAGAGGCUGUGAUUGGUGACUGUGGGAUGGUGCUGCCUUUAAACAACAUGUAAUACUUGUGCAGUAUGUGUGUGUGUGUGUGUAAAGAGAGUGAGUGAGUGAAUGAGAGAACAAGUUUGUGAUUUGAAGAGUGUUUUUUAUCACAAAAUCAUUGAUUUUCUUGUGUCCCUCUUGCAAGCAAGUAUUCAUCGAAUUUUAGAUGAUUAUGUAAUGACUUCCUGAUAGCAAUGGAUGAUUAUUUGGGCAGAUAAGAAUAUGUCAGGAGGAAGAUAAAAAUGAUGGUGUGCAUUGUGCCUUGUGAUUGUAUAUGCACACACACACACACACACACACACACACACACACACACACACACACACACACACACACACACACACACACACACACACACACACUUAUAAAGUAAUCUGAUAUGGCAAGUGACUGAUUUUUAUGAUCAUUUCUGCCAGUGUCUAUAUUUUUCUACAAUCAACUAGUAAUGGAAUAAGAAAUUGUUGGUUUUAUUAUUUGUUGUGAAAAGGAUAUGUCACAAGCAUCUGCCACCUUGUGUUUGUGUUGGUUGACUUGACUCCACCUCAGAGUGUCAUUAUCUCAUUAUUUUGUCUCAUUUUUCAUAAAUGAAAACUGUCACUGCAAAAUCAUGAUAAGAGAUUAAUACUUUUUUAACCCCCCUUUUUUAUGAUUAUGCACAAUUGUUAGUUCUAGUAUUCAAAUUGAAUGAAUUUCUAUAACAAUUCAAAAUUUUUGUAGAAUAUAAACUCUUGAUUGCAAGUAGUUUUUCAACUGACAAUUGUACAUGAAGAUUUCUGCCUGUUAAUGUGUUGGACUGAGAUCCCAUGGAGGAAGAGUGGGCUCAGCCAUAUUCUGAGGGAUAAGCAGGGAUACAUGCAGACAGUACUAUGCUGACAUGUCUGUGUGCAGUCAGUUUGUUUGGUAUUGAAUGAAUGUAUUGUUUUUCAGUCUUUCUAUUAAUAGUGUUUUACAGUAAAUGCUAAUAUUUACAAGCCAUACCAAGAUGAACAAAAAGCAGAAAGGGAUUGUUUCAGAGUCUUUCCUAUCAGUUAUUUCUUUUGCAUCAUCUACAUUGUGUUUUCCUGUAUUUUUAAUUCACUCUAGUACAUUUCUUUUCACCAUUUUUAAUAUAUGAAUCUCUUUUCCCACAUCCCUCCUCUCUCAGCCUCUCAUCCACCAUGCAUUUCUUCAAAUAUCACCACCAUCCACUCAUCUACAAUCAGUACUAUGAUAUCCAACAGAUUUUGUUAAUUAGCCAAUUAUUUCUUUGCUUUCCUUUGUGUGUGUGUGUGUGUGCAGGCAUGUGUGUGUGCAGGCACAUUCAUGUAUUUUAUAAGCAUACAGUGGUACUGUGAGAGCUUUGGUAAGGGCAGUGACAGCUCAGUAUCUAUAAGCAUUGUGUAAUUACAAAGGUAUAUGAGUGUGAUGCUAUUUUUUUAAUCUAUAUUUAGAAAUUGCAAGACUAGUAGCACUGAUGCAAGUUUGAGAGCUGUGCCACAUCCUAGUUAUGGGAUUGUCAGAGACUUCACAGAAGUCAUCAGAUGGUAUUUCUAAGGGAAAGGUGUGGUUGGCAUACUGAUGAUGAGGCAUCUAUUUGUGAACCUAAAACUUCCCUGAUGCCUUGAUGAGUCUGGUCCUUUAAUUAUAAUUAGCUGUUUAAAUACCCUUGCAGCAAUUAGUUGACUAUCAUUCCAUAAGUGGAGUGAAGUUUUAUAGUCUUUUUAAUGAUAGUUGUUAUUUGUUUAUCAAUUUUAAUGUAUAUAACAAAUCAGCAGUCCUUCAUUUGUGUAGAAUUUUGCAGUGUUGUAAGGGUUUGGAGAUGCAUAAGAUGAGGCAUCCCUUGCUGUGGAAUGCCUGGACCUUGGCACCAAAAAGAUGACCUUGAGUGAUAGUUUGGAAACUGGCUUGGUCUAGCCACACCUUACAACACAGACACUCCAAUACAGGCUAUUGAGGUGAGCAUUGAAGAGUAACUCAAAGCCUUGGUCUGUGCAUGGUGCUGGCACAGUCAGGGAUGCCUCCAGGGAACAAAUUACCAACAAGCCAAAAAGUCUCACUGUUACUUGCAUCAGCUUACCAACGUCCUGCCAAGAACUUUAGCUUCACAUAAAACAGUGCUUGUUUUCAAACAUUCUUUUUAUUAGUAAAAAUUAGUCAAAAUUUGGGAAACCUUUAAUAUUGUCUAAGUAUUUCUUUUUAAAUUAAUUAUGAAAUCAAAGCCUUAUUACUUCAGGAAUUUCUUUAUUUUUUUAUAUUGUCCUCAUUAAUUCAGUUUCUGUACUACUUUAGUUGGAAGGCUUUGGGCAACAAUGCAGAAAAAGUAAAAAUUAAGAUUAAGAUAUUGCAUCACCAUGGCCUUGCUGGAAGCCUCACAUUCAGGACUGAGCCAUGGCACUGAGCUUCAUACAUACAUUACCUUAAGCACAAACUUGAAAGAUGCAGUGUCUGUGGCAACAACUGGGAAACUUUUCUUACCUGCAAAUUAUUUAUGUAUAUCUAUAUAUAUGUACAAUUUGCCUUUUGAUUGAGACAAGAAUCACUAAAAUUUAAAAGUAGAAUAAGAUCAAAGCUCACAUGUUCCGUGGAAAGUUUAAAGUAAUCUGGGUAGAGAUUUGUUUUUCAGUGGUUUUUGUCUUCUCUCUUGUACCAUCACCUUGUACAACCUGCAAGUAAUAAUGUUCACAAGUUGAAGCGAGAUACUUUUGAGUGUUUGAAUUUUUGUAAACUUUUCAUGAAAUGUUAUACUGUGCUACAAAACCAGGCCUAGACAUAAGAAAUUCCAUGAACUGCCUCCAGACGCUGCAGUGAGACAAAGAGUGUUUAAUGCAAACAAGACAGCCAGGUCUGUCCAUCUUUGUAAGCAGUGAUCAUUAUGUAACAUGCGAUCAAAUGUGUCUGUCCUCCUCACACCCACAGUCCGAUCUUUGAGGUGGGACAUGUAUUGUUGAUAUGUAAUAAGAUAUGUUAGUACAGACUUGUAUUGUUGAUAUGUAAUAAGAAAUGUAAAGUACAAAUAGCAUGGGAAGGGUAUUGUGCAUUUGCCUUCCACCUAAAAUGUUGCCUCUGAAUACCAGGAGUCAGAAGUGAUGUUCGAAACAAUGACUUAAAGAGAAAUAGCAGCAUCUCUGCUCAUGGUACUUAGGCAGACGACUAAUUUUAGAUCCUCUCAAGUGUUGCUGUACCUGAUUUUUAUGGAAAAGGUUCAGGACAGCCAGGGAAGACAUGUUAUUCAAUAAGAUGCCAGACCAAGAGAGGAAACAACUAUCAUGUACAGUUUGAAGGAGUUAAUAAAGGGGAAAGUGCUGUGAACAGUGAUGUCAACCAUUUACAAACACUCUCCUUCAGACUGUGGGCCAUGUGAAAAUGAUAUCUAGCUCUAAAACAAAGAGCCAAACUCGUACAGGGUGUGAACUAUCACAACCGAAGCUGUUGGAUGUGUGAAUGCUAUGUGCAGUAGAGUGUUUAUUUAAUGCAAGUCACUUUUAAAAGGCAUUUCCUUUAUGUGCCAAUGACAGUGAUACAUGACAGAAGAGUGCUAGAUCUGUCCAUACAUGUCUCUUAUUCUGACAACUGCAUACAAUACUACUGUUUUGUGAGAAAGCUGGGGCUAUUCAACAUGAAAAUAAUCCAUGACCCAUUCAGAAAUUAAAGAAAUGCCAAUAUACUCCAUUAUCAAAAAGCAUUCAACAAAAUAGCCUUCUAAGAGGCAGUGCACCUCAAUGGGCUUAAUGGAGUAGUUUCAGUGGUUCCACUCUUGCGUGCCUGUGCUAAAAUGACAAAAAAAAAUCAAGGUAAACAAUAUUCCUUAAAUGAAAACAGCCAUAAAAAUACUUUCUGCUUCAUGUAUGGAAGAAGAGUCAGACCUAAACUAUUAACUGCUAACAAGUAGUUUCCUGGUCUUCCAUACAAUGCCUAAGAAAUAAUAAACAGAAAGUUUGAGAUUCCACCCCAUCUCACACUUCCUCCCUUGGCAUGUCUCAAGUGCCAAGCAAAAUAUUGAAGUAAUGCCAACAGGGAAAUUUUCUAAAAGUGACUUGAAAUAUAUCUUACAUUAAGUCAACAUUCUACUGUAUCAUUUAUAUAUCAAAGUAUAUAUAAAUGAAAUAAAGAAAAAUGUAAAAGUUUCAAAUUACUUACAGAGAUGUCCCAUAUAACUAGUACCAGUAGGGAUCAGCUUUUUUCUUCAGUUCUUUAUUUUAUAUACUUUCUCUGAUAUAUUUGUUUGGUGUUAUUUGGAGAUGCAGGUGGUCAUCUCCAUCCCAUGUUGAUGGAGAUACAGUCCUGUGCAUUUCCACGUUCAUCACUCAGCAUUAGCAGUGCAUCAUGAAUUAUCUGCUGUAAACCACCCCACUUGAUUUGACUCGUACCCGACACACAUCCCAAUUAGUAAUGUGUAAGUGGUAGGAUGAUGGAAGGAUUGAUGGGAUUUGUUACAGGUAUAUGUCAAAGCAGUUAGUUCACAUAUUGGCAGUGCUUUGUGAUGAAUAUUAAUAAAGUGGAGGGGACUGCACAUACAUGCCAUAUACAGUGCCAUAUUCCUACACCAAAGCAGACCUGUUCUCAUCUUUACUGUGAAUGUGACUAAUUCAAAUAUGUUAAGUUCUUUUAUGGUAAAGUACAUUUACAUUUCCAAGGAAUUGAUGUGGUGGCUGUUUAAUGUGCAGGCAAAGAAGGGGGGACCAAACAGUUAAACUCAAAAGGAAAUGGAGACAGACUGACUGACUUGACUGCUGACCAGGAUGGAGCUUCUGCCCUGACUGUCAUCCAUGAUAUUUGCAGAACCAGUUGUCAUCUUGUAGAAAAUAUUGAUGUUUCCAAGAUGCACAUGUGUAGUCAUCAAGCUGUGUAAGAAAACAAUGCAGAUAACUCUUAUUAUCUCUAGGGAACUGGCAAUCCAGUGGGCUUUUUUUUUUUUUUUUUUUUUAAGAUGACUCCCAGCUGUAUAAGGAAAAGAUUGACAACAAGAAACAAUGUGUGGAACUUAACUCUUUCAGUAUCAGACUCAUUAACUGGGCUGCCUGUAUACUGCAGUAGCACUAGUGAGAACAGAUAGCCAUCCUGCUCAUCCCCAAGGACACAGAUCAUUAUGAAACAAGUUGUGCCAGUCAUUGCCUCUCAAGAAUAGGGCCAGCAUGGCACACCAAUGUAUGUUCUUUCCUUCUUUAAGGCUGGUACUAAACAGCUAUUUGGUAGCACACAUAUCACUUCAUAGGUUCUGGUUAAAUGAGAGUUCUCAGUAAUUUGAAGUAAAAAAAAAAUGAUAAAAUGAUAAAAAUGGUAUAUUGAUAAUUCAAUAUGUCAACCAAAAAAAGUAAAAUAAAAUAAAUAAAAAAAAGUGACUAAUAAACUCCAAGGUUGGAAGCAUUAACUCAUUGUUAUUGCUCAGGAAUACAUCUGCUUUAAUUUUUACUUAUUAUUUUUUUUCCUCAAAAUUUGUCUUGCAACAUUUUGUUAGUAAUACUUUGAUCUGAAAGUUGAAGCAUUGAGGGAAUCUUCUUUUGUUUCAGUGACAUCCAUUCCUUUCCUCUCCUCAGAAAAUAGUUUUCCUCAGCCUUAGAGUUUAGCUAAAGUGAUAUACAGAAUAUGUUGCAAGGAUAUUUCCUUAUAUAUAAUAAUAUGAAAUGAUUUUAUAAGGAAAUUUCUUUCAGCAUACAUUAAGUAUUAUCAUUAUCACUGGUGACUGGUGUGUAUCAUUAUCUUGAUUAUCAUCACUGAUGUUAUCAUGCAAGGCUCAUUUUUUACACAACCUACUCGUAAGAAAGUGACUUGUGCAACAAAGGUAUUGGUCAUUAUGAUGAUGAAAACUUGGUGUAAUUCUAAACCAGCACUGGAAGUAAUAACAGCAAAGCAAGAAGUUCUGCAUUUGUGAUGCUUCACAAAUAUUGUUCAGAAGAUCACACAAAUGACAACUCCAAUUAGGAAUAAUUAGUCUGUUGUAUUGGAAUUGAUGAUGGAAUAAAAAUUUGUCCUCAA